UAUCAGUAGACAGGAAGAUGUCGUCUGCAUUGUAUCACGUUUUACUGAUUUGUACCAUUUUAAAUAUCGAUACACGUGCUUACGGCGAUGUUCGAUUUUUAAACAAGUGUAUUUUUUCCACAAAGACGCCAUAUUUCUGGAUAAAAAGUAAUGAUGAAGUCGUCACGGAAGAUUCAGAAGCCAUCUGCAAUGGCCCAGAUAAAACAAAACUCACGAAGUCCUGUGUCAGUUUUCACAUAAACUCAUUGAUUCGACAUGGUAUUCGAUAUCCUGGUUUGAAAUGGAUUAAGCACAUGGACGAAGUUCAGCAAAAAUUGACAAAAGCAAUUAUUAGGCCUAGUUCCCAAUCAGGAUUUAUCGAGAAAUGGGCAAACCCCUUUCCAAAUGAAAAAGAACAUGCAUUGGCUCCUUCGGGAAAGUCGGAACUUUUUGAACUUGGCAAGCGAUUUGGACAGCGCUUUAAAAUGCUUCUCGAAGUAGAAACUGAAAAAGUACAAUAUUUUGUAUCAAGUAAAGAACGUACUUUUGACAGUAGACGAGCAUUCCAUGAUGGAUUAAUCAGCAUAUUUUCGACUGAUGUAAUCGGCGAUAGUUACAAAGUGCCCAUUAUUGAUGACAACAUCCUAAGGUUUCACUCUGGAUGCAAAAAAUAUCUCGAUCAAAUAGAAAACAAUGACACUGCUUUAGGAGAAUACUUCAAAUUCAAAAAUGGACCAGAAAUGAACAGUGUUGUCAAUGAUGUUAAGAAAAGGAUUGUUGACGAUGUAGAUGUGAUUGGAACAAUUAGUGGAGAUGAUGUACAAACAAUUCAUCAGAUAUGUGCCUUUGAAUUGUCAUUCUUUGGCAAGUCGGACUGGUGUCAAUUUUUUGAAAAGGAAGAUAUGGAAGUUAUAGAUUACUUAAAUGAUUUGAAACACUACUGGCAAAAAGCAUAUGGAUACAAGCUGAGUUCAGACAUGAGCUGUCCUUUAGUAAGACAUAUAUUCCAGAAGAUGGACGAUGCUGUGAAUGACUUUGAAGACGGAGAAGAUUUCACUGUGGGGCUGUUUCGAUUUGCACAUGCAGAGACAUUGUUACCAUUAUAUGCAGCUUUGGGACUGUAUAAAGAUUCUGAACCACUGAUGGCAAGCAAUUUUGAAAGACAUACCAACAGACUUUUCAGGAGUAGUAAAAUCGUACCUUUUGCAGCAAAUAUUGCCUUUGUUUUGUAUGAAUGUGACAUAAACAGUGAUAAUGAGGAAGAGGAGGAUGAUAGUGAUGAUGAGGAUGAAGAAAGCAUCUAUGUGAAGCUGUAUGUGAAUGAGGAGGCAAUCACAAUCCCAGCUUGUGGGGAGGUUCUCUGUAGGUACACUGAUGUCCGAGAGUACUAUUCACAAUUAAUCGACAAAUGUAACUUUGGCCAGAUCUGUGAGGUGGACAAAAUCAAAGAUCAUGACGAACUAUGAAUAGGCUUAACACAAGACUUUAAAAACCAUAGGAUUUCACAUAUUCAAAGUUAGGUGCAACAUCUAUUAAAUUUGUGGUCCAUUAUGGUAUUCAAAAUUCAAGGGUUACACUGAUCGAUGUACAUAUUUUUUAUACAACCUUGGAUUAUGUGUUUACAAACCACCUUGCCACUGAUAUGAAUUGACUAGUUUGGAAAUUUACAGAAUCCUGAAUAUCAGAGUAGUGCUUUGAUUAGAGACAAAAGUAAAUAGUAAUGGUUAAAUCCUAAAUGGUAAAGCUCUUUGAUAAUUUUCAAAAUACAGGUACAUGUGUCCUAUCAGCCUUGUGAUUGGUUCCGGGCCAUGCAUCAGAGGUGACGGUGCAGUGUAUCAAUUACACCACCUCUCUUCUAUUUGUCUAUCCCCAUGUUCAUUUCCUGAGUGAGAUUAUCUGAUUCUAAAUAUCUUAAUUUCCAUAUUACCAGGAUCCUGAAAUUUAUCCAAAAUGACCAGUGCAUAUCUUCAUAUGGUCAUGGUCAGUCACUGUACAGGGGGGUGAUAUACUGGCAACACUGUACAUAAUUUUAUAGCCCUUUAUGAUUUGUCAGUGUUCAUUUUAAUGGUAAGAGGUGCUUAGUGAUUUUCCUUCAUUAUAACAGAUUGAUAUCAAAUAUGGCAAUCGUUUGUUGCUUUUAGUUUGACGACACAUACAAUUUAGCUACGGUUACAACUUUUGUUUUUUAGAAAUGGUAUUUGGUGAAUAGUAUUGUGAAUGAGAACAUAUUAAUUUCAGAUUCCAUAAUCCAAGAUAGCCACCAAAGGUUUCUUGGUAAAAAAAUUAUUCUGGUUAUUUUCAUACAUGUACCUACUUAAUGGUUAAUGGCACUUGUCCGAUAAUAUACAUGCAAUGCUAUGUUAUCAAUAUUCUGAAAUUGAAGAUAAUUGGCUGUGGCUUCUGCAUGAUGAUUAUGGGAAAUACAAGAAUAAGUUACAUCAUACAGUGUGGCCUUUCCUGUAAGUCUUCUUGUUAUGGCAAGUCAAUAACAACUCCCAUUAUAUUUUUCUGUAUACAUCUGCUUAAAUGACAACAUUAUUAACCAACACUCCAUGAGUUCCCUUCUUAGAAGUUGGUACUCAUAAUAGAAGGCUUGUUUCAAAUGUCAAAUCUGUGACAGUAACUAAGGUAAAAAAAAAUGUUUAUAAUGAGCUCAUACUUUGUACAAAGUUUUUCUUUAAUCUGAAUCAUAUUUUUAAAUUUAAUGAAAUAUGCUGGUAAAAGAACUGAUUAUUCGGGUCACCUGAUCUUCACUAAAAACAUUUGUUACUGUAAUAUACUGUACUGUGAUGUUUUAAUAACAUGUAAAUAGCUGUGUUAGUGUACUUGAUCUCAGGUGGGUCAUUAAGCAUAGUGAUUUCAUUAUCAUUGAUGAUCAACAGUCAAGAUUUGUUGACAAUAAAGAUUUUUAUUUUUAAACAGAGCUUGUGAUGUUUAACAGGAUCAAUUCAGAGUUGUUUUGUGACCUUAAAAUUAAGUCAUGAAAAUCCUAACAGACCUAUAUAAAUCCUAAACAUUUAACCUGUACUUGGGUGAGGAGGUAUCCCCGGUAAUUGUACUAGGCAAUAUAUUUCCUGAACAACUUUAGUCCCAUUAUUCAAUCAUAAAAGAAACAACUUUCAUCAUUUUAAAAAUUCAUUUUAUUAUCAUUAUUUUGACAUCAUAUGUCAUUACAACAUCAUUCAUAGACUAACUUUUUCAUUCUAAACAUACAUUAAUGUGGUAAAAAAGUCAUCUUAAAAGUGGACAUUUUUGCGAUGUGGAAAUGUUUGCUUUUUUCAAGUUGAAUAAAUUAGCAUGAAAAAAAUCCACAUGCAAAUAUACAUGUAUCUUCACAGAUUAUGUUGAUUGCAUAUUACAUUCAGCUUAAUGGGUCAAAGCAAAAAUGUCCACUUAUACAGUAUUUAUGCCUGAAUUUGUACCAGGAAAGCUAUCACAUUUGCUUAUAGAACAAAGUUUAUUGAAAAACAUGUAUACCAACACUUAUCUUUUACCCUCUUACAUAUUCACAAAUAUGUUAUAUGGCAAUCAGCUGUACAGACGAGCAAUUAUUUUCUGGUUAAAAAAAUUGCUAUCAAGAAAAUGUUACCUGGUACUCUUUUUGAACAGACUUAAGAACAAACAAACUCACAUCCACUUCUUUUGACUGGUUGAUGCUUUUUGUCAAUAAAACAUGUUGAAAUAUUUAAAAAAAAAAA